AUGUAUAAACAGCUUUACAGAAUCAGUUGUGGAGAUCAGAUUGAUCAGAUUCACCUCUGCAGCUCCAUCAUGGAUCAUCAAACACAAACAUCAACACAUGAAGAUUUUUCUCCAGGAUGCAGUUCAGAUCAUCAGAAGAGAUCAGAUUCAGAGUUCAGUUGUGUGUCUAUGAAGAGUGAUGGGUCUAUGAAUCCACCAAACAACUUUAAGAAAGAAUCAACAUCUCCUGCUGUCAGACGAAUAACAGAACCUGACUGUAAGAGGAGGAAGAUUGAGCAAUCUGAUAAUAAACCACAAGACUUCAAUGAAAACAUGAAUCCUCAUUUCAGUCAUGAAUCUGAUCCUGCUGAAGUGCUGAAUACAUUCCGAUCAAAUCUGAGGAAGAAGUUUGAGUGUUUGUGUGAGGGAACAUCAAAUAAGAGAAACCCAACACUACUGAAUGAGAUCUACACAGAGCUCUACAUCACAGAGAGUGAAAGUGGAGAGAUCAGUAAUGAACAUGAGGUGAGACAGAUUGAGACACAAUCCAGAAGAACAACAACAGAGGAGACACCAAUCAAAUGUAAUGACAUCUUUAAACCUUUACCUGAACAAGACAAACACAUCAGAAGUGUGCUGACAAAGGGAGUCGCUGGCAUUGGAAAAACCGUCUCUGUACAGAAGUUCAUUCUGGACUGGGCUGAAGAGAAAGAGAAUCAGGACGUCCACCUCAUAUUUCCACUUCCUUUCAGAGAGAUCAAUUUGAUGAAGGACAAAACACUCAGUCUUUUAGAUCUUCUUCAUCUUUUCUUCCCACAAACAAAAGAAAUAGAAAUCUUCAGUGAUGAAUAUAAAGUGUUGUUCAUCUUUGAUGGUUUGGAUGAGUGUCGUCUGUCUCUGGAUUUUCACAGCAGUGUGAGGUUGUGUGAUGUAAGUGAAUCAACCUCAGUGGACGUGAUGCUGACAAACCUCAUCAAGGGGAAUCUGUUUCCCUCUGCUCUCAUCUGGAUCACCUCCAGACCAGCAGCAGCUGAUCUCAUCCCCUCUGAGUGUGUUGAUCGAGUCACAGAGGUACGAGGCUUCACUGAUCCACAGAAGGAGGAAUACUUCAGGAAGAGAAUCAGUGAUGAGAGUCUGUCUGAUCAAAUCAUCUCACACCUGAAGUCAUCCAGGAGUCUCUACAUCAUGUGUCACAUCCCAGUCUUCUGCUGGAUUUCAGUCACUGUUCUAGAGAGAAUGUUGUGUGAAGCAGAGAAAAGAGAGAUCCCCAAGACUCUCACUCAAAUGUACACACACUUCCUGAUCAUUCAGACAAACAUCAAACAUCAGAAGGACUAUGAGAAGAAAGAUGAAGACAUGAUCUUCAAACUGGGGAAACUGGCUUUUGAGCAGCUUGUGAAAGGCAAUCUGAUCUUCUAUGAUGAAGACCUGAGAGAGUGUGGCAUUGAUGUAGCAGAAGCAUCAGUGUACUCAGGAUUGUGUACUCAGAUCUUCAGAGAGGAGUUUGGUUUGUAUCAGGGGAAAGUUUACUGCUUUGUUCAUCUCACCAUCCAGGAACAUCUAGCAGCUCUUUAUGCUCACAUCUCCUUCACAAACAACAACACAAAUUUGUUUAGUAAAAAGAAGAAACAAACUGAAAUAGAGAAGAUUUCAGUGUCUGAUCUGUAUAAGAGAGCUGUAGAUGAGGCUCUGAAGAAUGAAAAUGGACAUUUUGAUCUUUUUCUUCGUUUUCUUCUGGGUUUAUCAGUGGAUUUGAAUCAGAAACUCUUACGAUGUUUGAUGACACAGACAGAUCAAAGCUCUCACAGCAAUGAGAAAACAGUUGAGUAUAUCAAGAAGAAGAUCAAGAGCACUCGAUCUCAAGAGAAAUGCAUCAAUCUGUUUCACUGUCUGAAUGAACUGGGUGAUGAUUCACUGCUGCAGGAGAUUCAACAUUAUGUGAAAUCUGGAACAGUAAGAGGAGCCAAACUCUCUUCAUCUCAGUGGUCAGCUUUAGUGUUUGUGUUGUUGACAUCAGAACAGAAGAUGGAUGAGUUUAAUCUGGAGAAUUUUGAGAAUUUUGUUAGAAGAGGAAACAAAGCUGAAACACUGAAAGUUCUUAAGGAGCUGCUGCCUCUGAUUUAUGAAUCCAGAUCAGUUCAGCUAUGUAAUAAUAUCACAGAUGAAGGCUGUGUUGCUCUGAGAUCAAACCCAUCACACCUGAAACAUCUUAAUCUGUCUCGUAAUAAUAAAUUAGGAGAUGUAGGAGUGAAGCUGAUCUCUGAUGUACUGAAGAAUCCUGACUGUAAACUACAGAAACUGGAGUUGAGUCAGUGUGAUAUCACAGAUGAAGGUUGUGUUGCUCUGACUUCAGCUCUGAGAUCAAACCUAUCACACCUGAGAGAUCUGGAUCUGUCUCGUAAUAAACUAAGAGAUUCAGGAGUGAAGCUGAUCUCUGAUGUACUGAAGAAUCCUGACUGUAAACUGGAGAUACUGAACCUAUAUUAUUGUAAUAUCACAGAUGAAGCUUGUGUUGCUCUGACUUCAGCUCUGAGAUCAAACCCAUCACACCUGAGAGAUCUGGAUCUGUCUGAUAAUAAUCUAAGAGAUUCCGGAGUGAAGCUGAUCUCUGAUGUACUGAAGAAUCCUGACUGUAAACUGGAGAUACUGAGGUUGUGGAGUUGUGGUAUCACAGAUGAAGGUUGUGUUGCUCUGACUUCAGCUCUGAGAUCAAACCCAUCACACCUGAGAGAUCUGGAUCUGUCUCGUAAUAAACUAAGAGAUUCAGGAGUGAAGCUGAUCUCUGAUGUACUGAAGAAUCCUGACUGUAAACUGAAGAUACUGUGGUAAGAUCAUCUCUCUGAUAGUCACAAAUGUACUGAGGUUUAGUUAAACAUAAACUGUAUGAAAAAGAAACAAACACUAAAAUGUAAAGGAUAUAUAAAGUCAACGAGAGAUCAGGGCCCGUAUGUAUAAAGCCGCUCAGAGUAAAAUUUUAGUCUUAAGUGUGUCAAAAUUCUAAGAAUGACGUCAUUUUACUCUUAUUUUUAGACUUAAGAAUAAAUUUGAUUUAUAAAGCCUCCUAAGUGUUAAGACUAGGUCUCAGCUCCUAAAUUAUUUAAGAGAGCUGGAGAGGUCUUUUAACCUAAUUAAGAGUGACAAGAGGGCAGCAGAGAGGUGAAGAUCAUGCACUUUACAACAAAGAAUGUGUUAGAAUUACUUUAAUUCAAUGUAUUUCUAUCGCACAUUUGAAAAAAAAAAUUUCGUUGCAUCGUUGAAGAGCAGAAAAUGUACAAUAAAUACAUGUUAGUAGUAUAUAGAAGUAGA